CAGCCGGUGAACAAUACCCAUCCGCGUUUGUAUCGCUCUUGUCGCCAGUCUUAAGCGUAAAUUAAUCCGCUAGGAGACUUCAAAGUGCUUUUGGAUGUCAAUCAUGGCUGACGUCAUAAUCGUCGGCGGUGGAACCGCCGGCUCUGUCCUCGCCUCACGCCUGCAUCAGCGAAAGCCACCGCUUUCCAUCAUCCUCAUCGAAGCAGGGCCUGAUCCUUCCAACCAUCCGCAUGUCUCAAACCCUGCCGAGGCUGCCCUCCUGCACAAUUCCGAUCUUGACUGGAAGUACUCCACCGUUCCGCAGAAGCACCUCGAUGGCGAGCCGAAGUACAAUUGCGCUAUCAAAGCUCUUUCGGGAGGAACGGUCAUCAAUUCAGGUGGCUGGAUACGAGGAGAUGCGCUGGACUACGAUGAAUGGGCACGUGAUGUGAACGACCAACGGUGGAGCUACGAUGGCCUGCUUCCAUACUUCAAACGCUCCGAAAAGCACUUCAAUGCCAAUGCGGAUGUAUCGCAGCAUGGCCUUGAUGGCCCGAUACAUACGAUGUCCGUGAGCGCUUCCGGACGGAGGUAUCCAUUGCGAGACACUAUCCUCAAUCUCUGGAAGCAUCUCGGUCUCGAUUAUAUUCCGGAUGCGAACAAUGGCCGCCCUCAGGGGAUUGCCGACCUUGUCGAGAAUUGGCGUGAUGGAAAGCGACAGAUCGCAAGCUCCGUAUAUUCCCUGGAUGGCGUCAAGGUUCUCACGGACACCCUGGUUCGUCGCGUGCUCCUCAAUGAGGAAAAGGUCGCCGUGGGAGUCGAGUUGGCUAAUGGAGAGAAACUCAUGGUUAAACCAAAUGGGCAAGUUGUUGUAUCCACCGGAUCCUAUCGGACACCGCAGGUUCUCAUGCUCUCUAGCAUCGGAGACCCGGUGCAGCUCUCGCAGCACGGAGUCGCCACAACAGUCGAACUGCCAGAAGUAGGGAGGAACUUGCACGACCAUUUGCUGAUGUACCGAUACUGGAAGCUGCGACACCCUGAGAAGGGAGUUGCACUAGGCUCACCAAAGUUCACAGGCCUAAACUACGACAAAGGAGGACCUGCAGAUUUCCUCGUCACUGCUCCGAUCCCUAUCAAGCCCCUAAAGGCAGCUAUCGAGAAAGACGAGGGCCCGGUUUCAGAUGAUCAUCCGUGUCUAAAAGGUCCGCGCAGCCACCUGGAAAUGAACCUUAUCUAUGGUGCCUUCGGAAGUGAGUCGCUCGGCCUCACCAUCCCUCUUGACGGAACAUCCAUCAUGACGUACUACAUGGGUUGUCUGCCAACUUCGCGUGGUUCUGUCACUCUAGGCUCGAACGACCCGGCAGCUCCUCCGGUUAUCGAUCCUAACUACUAUGCGACCGAGACCGAUAAACAUGUGAUGCGAGAGGGCUUCCGCAUGCAUUCGCGGCUGAUGCUGGAUACGCCGGAAGGCAAGGAGCUCGUGGAAGGCGAGCAUACACCGCCAGGCUUUCCCACCCUUAACGCCGAUGCUACAGAUACAGAUAUUGAUGCACGAGUCAAACUGGGCGGUUCGACAGUGUUCCAUCCUGGUGGAACUGCAGCGAUGGGCAAAGUAGUGGACGGCUCUUUGAAGGUUUACGGAAUGAAGAAUCUCCGCGUGGUGGACGCAAGUGUGAUUCCCAAGCCUCUAGCAUCCCAUUACCAGGUUAUCGUAUACGCGAUUGCGGAACAAGCUGCGGACAUUAUUCUAAGCGAGGAAUUCUGAGGAUGCUAUUGCUAGUAUUGUGGGGAAGCAAAAAUACUCCGACUCUAAAUAUCACCACGUAUCCUCAGGGCUUUACCAUGAGACACGCAAUGACCAUCACUGCCAAGUGGAUACCGGAAGACUGCCUUGGCUUUGGAAAAACAUAGGACACGGCCUCGUUUGCGAAUAAUUGAACGGCUUUGACGCUCGCGUGACCGCUGGAGCUUGAUAUGGAUCACGGUCUCUGGAUGGAUGGAAUCGUAUCGUAUGUCACGUAGUUAUUCGAAUGUCCGCUAUAUACCUCGCCGUUUAGUGCCAAUAAUUAUGGUAAGGGUUGG